AGGUAACACAGCGGAAGCUACUAUGUAACAUGCGGAACGAUAUGUUAUCCGAGAACUCGGGGAGACAUUACUGCGGACACAGCACGGAACCAUUUUACUGAUGCACCGGAAGGCGGCGGCAAUGGAGUGGUAACUGGAGCAUUGCGGUAGCAUCUAGAUUAUCGAGAAAAUAUUCACAACCGGAGCAUUGCUUCCCGGAGAGAGUCUCCGCCAGGUGCCGGGGUGAUGGAGGCGGACCUGCUGGACACGUUGGAGGCUUUAGGGUACCAGGGUCCCUUAUUGGAGGAGGCCAGUCUGAGUCCGGCUUUAGAAGGUGGUUUGUCAUCACCUGACUACUUGCAGCUAGUGUGCUGGCUCAGUUCUCGGAUUAAGCUGUUGGAUAAUUUAGAAGAAAGUGUGAGCCCUGAAGGUGGAGAUGUGGAGAGCUUGCAGUUGGAAGUCAGUGGUUUCUUGAAGGAGAUCUUUUGCCCUUAUCCUACACUGGUGUCUGGAGACAUCAAGGGCAGGCUGCAAAACAAGGAGGACUGUCUGAAACUGCUUUUGUUUUUAGGCUCAGAGCUUCAGGCUUUGCAAAUUGUACAUAGUAAGAAGCAGAAGGUUUCAUGUCCAGGUGAUGCUGUGUAUAUGGAAAUGAAAACCAUCUGUGCAGCACUUCGGCUCCCUGAACAAUCCGUUUCCAAUGUCGCAUCUAUGUUAAAAAGUGUGGAAGAGAAGGUUACUGAGCUCUUACCCCAGGUGAACACGAAUAUCAUUGGCUCAGCGCUUCUCAGCGUGGAACUGAAUUCACAACAGCUGGAACGUCUUAAGGAAAUAAAUGAGGCCCUUUGUAAAGAGUACGAAUGCCGGCGCAAAAUGUUAAUAAAACGCCUGGAUGUGACUGUGCAGUCGUUUGGUUGGUCCGACAAAGCAAAGGCAAAAACAGAUGAAAUCGCACGAGUCUAUCAGCCAGUCCGGUACUCCCUGACCCCUAAAUCAGGAAUUAGUGUUUCGCAUGUCCUGGCUGCCAGAGAGGACAUCUCCAGAAUAGUACGUACAAGCAGUGGCUCGGUUCGGGAGAAGAUGGUGUGUCCUGUGAAUAAGAUUCUUAUGGGCAGGGUGCCGGAUCGGGGAGGAAGGCCAUCGGAGAUUGAGCCACUGGCCCCAGAAAUGCCACCAUGGCAGAAACGUAAUGAUGGAGGAAGGGGAGGCUGGAGAGGAGGAGGAGGCAGCAGAGGUGGUGGAUAUGGAAGAGGAGGCUAUAAUGCAGGUGGAAAGGAUUUCAAUAGAGGUGGAAAAGGAGGAUACCAAAGCAGAGGAGGAUAUGGUGACAGCUAUCGAGGAAAAGGGAAUUCUAGGAGAUUCUAAAAGGACCAUUUGUUACCAAGCUGGAAUUUUGGAAGAUUAUUUUAUGACCAGCUACUUUUUCAUCCUCUAGAAGGAACUAUUUAUGUGUCAAGGCAUUUUUAAAUAAGCUAUUUCACAGAGCAUCUGAUGUUCUUUAUUAACCUUCCAGAAUCUGUUUCAAAGGCAUAACCGAACAAUGCAUACUAAUGUCAGGUAAUGGAUAUUGCAGUAUAUACGGAAUGUUUGUGUCCUGUUGGUCUGAGCUCCGUAUCUUUACUGCUUCUGCUCAGACAUCCAAUUCCGUUCAUGCUCCUGAUUGGCCUUGAUCCAUUUCUACAGAAAUGUAGAAUCUUUACAUCUUUUCCCAGAAUCACAAACUGCUUUUUUUUUUAAUACAAUUUUUACAGAGGUUUUAGAAUGUAAAUGGUAUGUGUAAUAGCGUUUGUGUUUGGUUGUGUCAUGUAUACAGGUAUACUCUGAUAUUCUAUGUCCUGUAGGUGUUUACACACAUAAUUAAGGAAAUGUCAGUAGUCUUGUGUUUUCAGAGGAAAUGCUGUGUGUUUUAUAGGUAGAUAGCAAUGGAUUUCAAGACAUGUUUACAGACAGCGCUGUAUUAAUUCGUUAUCAAAGUGCAUCUAGUCACAAAGGUGCUCUAUGCAAUGCAUUACGUUAUGUGAUCAUUUAUUGGGGUAUUUUAUUUUUGUUUUAGAAAUUACUGAUCUGUAUCUUCUGGCGUCUGGAUAGGUGAAAUGGGCGGUAAGGGACAGGCAAGUGUAGACGGAAAACAGCAUGGCACAGUAAUGUGAAUGCGACAAAUAUGCAGGGGGCUGCUGUAACAUACUCCUGAGGACAGUACUCAUCAUUGCGCAAUCUAGUUGCUUCUGAUUGGCUGACUGUGUAUCCCAACAGCUGAUAGGGUGACAGAUCUGUUAUAUGAAGUUGUGGCUGUUUAUUCACAGUACUUGAUAUUUGCAUUUGGUUUACUGCAGGAAAGAAGAUUGCCAUUGGACGGAAAUGGUGUGUGUGUUUUAUUUUAAUUUUUUUUAACGGUCAAUUUCUCAUACGUCCUAGAGGAUGCUGGGGAUGCUUCAAGAACCAUGGGGUAUAGACUGGAUCCGCAGGAGACAUGGGCACACUAUAAGACUUUGAAUGGGUGUGAACUGGCUCCUCCCUCUAUGCCCCUCUUCCAGUUAGAUUCUGUGCCCAGUGAAACUGGAUGCACACUGCGGAGCUCUCCAGAGUUUCUCAGAAAAAGACUUUUAUUAGGUUUGUUAUUUUCAGGGAGACCGACUGGCAACAGGCUCCCUGCAUCGUGAGAGUGAGGGGAGAGAAGCAGACCUACUUCUUCUGAGAUCAAGGGCUCUGCUUCUUAGGCUACUGGACACCAUUAGCUCCAGAGGGUUCGAUCACUUGGUACGCCUAGCUGCUUGUUCCCGGAGCCGCGCCGUCACCCCCCUCACAGAGCCAGAAGACAGAAGCCGGGUGAGUAUGAGAAGAUCAGAAGACUUCAGUGACGGCAGAAGACGGCGUUUGAGGUACCGCGCUGCGCGCCAUGCUCCCACACAUAACACGACACUGCAGGGCGCUGGGGGGCGCCCUGGGCAGCAUGAACACCUCAAACAGCACUUGCAUAAGUUAUAACAGUGCCCAGGCACUAGUUAAGGGACCCCCACCAGUAUAAAGAUAAUUUUAAGCGGGACUGAAGCGCGCCAUGUAUUUGGCGGGGCUUAGCCCACACAGCUCUGACCAGCGCCAUUUUCUCUUCACAGAAGCUGCAGAAACGCUGGCCCUGACCUCCACACUGCUGUACAAGUAACAGGGUGCAAAAACGGGGGUGGAGGGGGGCACAAGUAAUUGGUGCUAAAUUAUAUAUAUAUAUAUAUAUAUAUAUAUAUAUAUAUAUAUAUAUAUUUCCAAA